GGCGAACAUCAACUGCAAACAGAUACGUGUGUUGGUGUUUGAUCAGGCGAUUACCAUCGAACAUUUAAAGCCUUUAAAGGGAACCACACUUACUACUCCAUGUUAUCAACGAUGAAUAUAUUAUUAAUACCACUCUGCGAGCUGGCACCGCACGUUGGUGUAUGACUUGGCCGGGCGGUCAGGUCGAUGGACUUUCGGAUUGCGGAAGGUGGCGAAUCAUUAAUGCCGCUCCAAGACACACCUCCCGAUGAUUCGAGCCUAAGCACUUCGUCCAACGAAAGCUCGGGGACCAAGCGCAAUCCUCCCGCAAAGCCUCCCAGGCGGCGCCACUCUGUCACGUCGCUCAAAGAUGCGGACUGCGCGGUGGUGGGAAGCCUCCGCAGGUCAGCGCAGGGCGUUGGCCUGGCGUCUGGCCAGGGCCGGACGGGGGACGGGGACUCCAGGGGGCCAGAGCUGACCUCUCAGUGGAUCCUGGACCCCCCGCCCAACUUCGGGGGCUCCCCCUCCUGCUUUUCCCUGAGUUGCGGCGGCCGGGGCGGCGGCGGCGGCUGCGACGAGGCGGCCCCGGCGGCUGUCCCUGGUGGCAACGACUUCCGUUCACUGCCCCUGAGCGUGUCUCUGGAGCGCAAGUCCUGCUCUGGCCUGCGUUGCAGCCAGCCGGGGCUGCUGCCCCGCAGUGCCUUCGUCCGCGCACCCCACCCGGCGUCUUCGCCUGGCCUCCAGUACCCGUCCUUCACGGCCCGUACCCCUGGACAGGAACGGGACGUCCCAGACGUCGUGUCGCGCUCGGUGCUUGCCGGCGUGCCGACAGCGGCCUCGUGCCGGCGCGGCUGCGAGGUGCGCAAACCCCAGGCGCUUGCGGGGGGCGGGGCGCCGGGCCGAAGUCGACUGGCGGCGCCCCCCGGCAGCCCGCGCCGGACGCACAGCGACCCCGUCAUCCACUUGGACGAGGUGGACGAGGGGGCGGGACGGGACGACGAGGGAAUAUGGACAAGCUCGUGUCAGAGGAUGGGUUCCUUCACGAUUGGCGGAGGCAAGGCGGAGCCAGAGCCGCCGACACCAUCUCGGUUGCGACUUCCGCUGCCAGAAGAGGUCAAGGCCCUCAAGGAAAUCAAUGCCAAACUGUGGAAUCAGCUGCAGCAUUUGCAGUCGCAGCUGGACAUGCAGCGGAGGCUGAAGAGCCCCGACGGAAGUCCGCCGCCGCCGCCGACGGGCGUCUCUUUUGCUGAGCUCCUGGCGGACGUGUACUACGCGCAGAGGGAGCGGGACGACUCGAUGCGGGAACGUCUGGACAGCGCCAGCCAGAGCGCGGAUCUCUGCCAGAGGGAGCUGCGGAAGCUCGCAGACGCCAGGUGCGAUGCAUCAGACGGGGUGUCGAGCGACGACGAGAACUGCGACAACCUCGUGCUCAGCGGUCUGGACAAAAUCAUUCAAGGCCUGGAGGGCACUUGGACUCCGGCCAAGGUGGCACGCCACCAGGAGACCCUGCUGGCCACGGUGCACCGGCUGCGGGAAAGCCGGGGCCGCCGGGGCAGGCACCAGUUGAGGGCGCUGCAGGCACAGCGGGAUCUGGCCCUCGAAAAGGUGAAGGUGCUGGAAAAAGACGUUCAGGAGCUCCACAUGAAGGCCAUCUGGAAGUCGGAAAACUGGGGCACCGACACCUUGCAACAGACGGCCAACGAAAGGACAGCGACGUCGAGUCGUCUGUACGAGAUGCAGGAAACGCUCGGGCUCGGCAACGGAAGUGGGAGCGACAGGACAGCCGACACGGCCAAGAUCUCGACAGAGGCCCAGACGGACUUCAUCGGCGUGGAGGAGGCCUGGGACCCGUCGGGUGCCGGAAGCCCGCUCCUGCGCCAACUCCGCGAGGAGGUGCGGCGCAUCGGGCAGCGGCUUGACGACGAGAUCGCCUCUCGCCAGGGGGCGGAGCUCAAGUGCCAGAGGCUCGAAGAACUCGUGAACGGACUACAGAAGCGCCUCAACGGGCUGAACAACAACAGCUUUUGACAAAAACCUUUCCGUCCCCUGUCGGCGGAUGACAAGACGUGCGGCAUGAAGCCCCGCAUUGGGAAGGUCAACAUUCCAUCGAAAGCCAUUUCCAACGUCUACACACGGGGAAGAGCAGAGAAUGUCGACUGCUGGCCAACUUCGGCCCACAACGUCGUCGUCGGUCGACUAGAGCAAUAUCACGGGAAACUCUCGGAUGACGACGCCCGCAUUUUUGGUGUUAUCACGGGGCCAACUUUAGCAAGGCGCACAAAAGUGUGGUGCACGAAAGAGCAGUGCGCAUAAGUGCGGUGCACAAAAGGGCAGAAAAACGAACUUCGAGCGGCGUCAGAAGCUGUUUAGAAGGACGGUCGCUCGAAAUCUGAGAUGCGAGGCGAAAAUACUCGCUUUCGAGCCGGGUUUGUUGUUUCUGGUAGCAGCACUGGCCGACUUCUUGACCGCGUGUGCCCCCGGCUGGGUCUGCGAGUCGCGCCCCGUUGUACAGCCACGGUCGGGGUUAGCUGGAGCGGGGAUCCCUUUUGCAUCCGUCGGCAGCAUGUGUGUCGGGCUGCGCACAUCUAGCGUCCAUUGCCCCACGCGCGUCCACUACAGCACGCAGGUCGCACGUAGCAUCGUUGUAGGUUAGUUUCCCUGGUCCGUGCUCUAGCUAGGCGAUUGCAAUCGUACACAUUCGUAAGACGGCGUGGACUGGUGCGGAAUGACUCCAGAGCUCUUGCCAACAAUUGCCUUCUUCUUGCCGGACCAGUUUUUUUUUCUCUCUCUGGGGCAGCGGAAAGUGAUAGAAACUUGAUCCGCUAAAACGCCUUGAUGGUGUCGACUCGUUUUUGGGGGGGAGCUGUAGCCCACGUAACGCAUGGUGUAGCGUAUCUCAGGUACUACCACCACAUUGCACGUCUUGCCCAACAUUGGUACAAAUCUCCACGGUGGCAACGCCCACAUCUCACCAUGCUUUUGCAGGCACGCAAUGCAAUAUGUGGCCUUCCGACUAACACACCAGACUUGUUGAGGGACCUAAAGCUUCUGCAUACGGAAAAGUAACGCGAUUUCCCAAGUUCACACAGUUUUUUCUCGGCUGCACCACUGCAUUUUUGGGCGAAAGCGCCAGCCAAUCGUGGCUUCGUGCGUUUUGUAUGCAAGGCCGCAAUUGGCUGGCACCUCUCCUUUGGUUGCGCGCCUCUUUCUUUUAAAUUUAUUUGCCGGCAAGGAAUUACAUCUUGAACAAUGAAUUGCAUUACUUUUUGCGUAUACAGGGGCUUUAGGGUUAUCAAGUAGACGUCUAGCUUGGUGCCCUUAGCUCAUUUUAUUUAAAUCAUAUUUUUGUCCCGCUUUAGACUCGAGAGACCUAUUUAUUGAAUUUCCUCUUGGAAAGGAACUUUUCUUUCUUGCACUGCGUGGCAUUCAUUAGUCUGUGGCGUUCGAAUGUGCCGGUAGCAGUUUUGCUGCCACGAAACCCCACCUUCUCUCGGGCACAGUGGGGUGUGGGGAAUCCCCUUGCAAUACUUGUAGUGCCUUUCGAUUGCUUGCCCACAUCUAAAUUCUUAUACGAGGUAUAUUUUUGCUCUGGAGCAUCAUAGCGAGUUUGGUGACGAUAUUAAUAGAAUGAAUGUGUGGAAUGAAAGAGUGCAACUAUAGCCCAACUAUUUUUAAAAGUUUUCGGUUUUAGAGGUCUGUGUUCCAAGGUGUUCUGUUUUGCUGUCAAAAUACAAACGAAGAUGAA